GUGAUAUCCGGAGCAGCGCGCGCUGGUCCAUCUCUCUGCGUCGGGAUUCUGGAGAGAAGAAACGAUAACGCGUAUAUAUAUAUUAUACAUAUAUACGCGUCACGAUUACGCGGGAUUUCGACGCGAAGCCGACAACCAGCGGAGAGAACAUUGCUGCGAUUCUGACUAAUCCUGUGAAGUGGCGCAAUAUUACGAAUGUCGAAGACGGUGGCGUGAGUGACUGUUAGCUGGUGAAAUUGUGAGAACAGAGUGUGUUGUUGUUGUUGUUUCGCGUUCGAAGAAGCCGAACAGAGCGAGCGUGAUCGCGAUAUAUUCGGUGAUGUGGUAAAUUUGAUAUUGACAUUGUGAAUCGUGAGUUCGUUGAUUUGUAUCGUCGCAUUCGAGGUUGAGCUCGCGGUAAAGUCGUAGUAAAUACGCGCGCGCCUCGCGUUGUUGUUGUGAUGUCAUAUGUAUUAUCGUCGACGGUGGAAUCGGAAUUGUUCGCAGUGAUGAUUUGAAGUGCUCCUCGACAAUUUGACUUUAUUUAUGUCUCACGUGAAGGCCGCGACAUCGGACGUCUUCGGGAUUCCUGCGAUCGAGAGAUAUCGAAAGAACUUGGCAGUUCCAGUCAUAAAAGGACAGCAUCAUAUCUGAAUUUACGCUCGAUCCUUCCGACGCUCGGCACAUCGAUCUGUUUGGUGCCCGAUCCUCGUACGAAGACAGUUUACUACUCGGUGCUGCCAUUACCAAAGAUGCUAGAUCUUCGAAUCAAUUACAUCGGAGAAGCCUAUUCGAGACUUUAGAAGACUCGACAGAAAUCUGGACAAAAUGUCGAUGACUGGGAGCUUGAUGGGAUACGAGAACAAUAACGAUGUGAACCAGGCCAAGUGUAAGAAACCGUUGAAGCCGCUGCCAGUUGUGUCGAGCAUAAGCUCGAGUGGCGUUACUACCAGCGCUACCAAAUCGAAGAAAGCACGAAAACCGACGAGAAAAGAAUCGUGCAUACGCGGUCAUGUGAACAGCCUCUGGUCCGUUUGGUACGGCAUACUGGCUGUCGCUUUUCAAGCGUACAUAGCAAUGAGAUACGCCAAACGAUUUGCCGCUUAUCUAUCAUUACCAUGGCCGGCGGAUGCGCCACCUCCUAAAAUCGAAUUGUAUGCCUGCCUGGUACUAGCCGGUACCGGAAUCAUUCUACUUCCGGUGUUGCUUGGCGCAGCAUUUUUGAAGCUCGGCAAUCUCGCAAACGAUGGAAUAAAACUCGGCCGGCAUUUGAGCGCUUGUUCUCGCGAUCCGCCAUCAUCGCUUCUCAGUAACAAUCCCGAUAACAGUCUGGCGAAUAAUUUAUGGAGACACGGCGGCCCUACCGCGGCCUUCGUACACCUUUGCACGGCCAUGUGCUUCCUCCUGCCCUCCCUGCUCAUGGAAGCGCGGCUAAUACAUGCUGGAUUUCUGCCAAAAGACGCGAUAUGGAGAACCGACCUUGACUGGAUGGUGAUACAUCGCGAUCGUCUGGUGCUCCUAAGCUUCAUGAAUCCGAUCGGCAACUUAAGCACCCUGACAGGCCCGAUAACUCCUCAGCCUUUCGUAACCCUAACCCCGGAAGAAGGCAAUAACGAGAACAUCGAUGAACUCACUACCUCGACACCUGGUCUAACAAACAUGGCACUUCCUGAUGUUGUCGAGACUCGUGCUGAAGAAGCGACCACCAUGUUCUCAGCUAUUAUCCAUCCAAUCAUCACAGAUCCACCUUCAUCCCGAACUAUCUCGAGCACCGGUACAACUUCCAGCAAGACAACUACGACGAGCACUGAAACGACUUCAACAACUUCGAGAACGACAUUGCUGCCGAAGAAUAGCACCGUAAGACGUCCAACCACGAGAACUAUCACCAGAAACGGCAGUUUUAAAGGCAGAUCGAAGGCGAAGAAUCUCACGAGGAUAUCAACCACGGCGAAACCUUCUAGAACCGCCGGUUCGGGAAAUAUGACAGCACAGAGCAUGUCGUUAACGAUGAACAGUCUGGCGGAUCUCGAUCAUCCCGAAAAUUUGAAUCUGGAACUUCAAACAGCCGAAUCAUACGGCCCGAUUACCCUGGAAUAUCUGAAUUACGCCGCCGCGCUCGGCGUCUACUCGGUAAGAUAUCCCGCCGUCUUCUGGUCGUGCAACAAAGCAUUGGGUACAAUUUUCAGUCUGCAGCUGGUCGUGAAUUCAGCGCAGAGUCUUCUGGCAUAUGCUGGAAUGUCCGUCCUUUAUAAGGUUCAAGUGGUAGGUCCCUUAAAGGUCCUGCCAUUCCUUCGGCAUCGUACCGUAGCAACAAUGAGUACAAUCUCGACAAUAUUCGGAGACUCUUACUUCGUGCUGGAUCCUCCGGUAACUCUCGUGCUCUUCGCCCUCUCAUCCUUCCUCGUGCUCUGUUCCAGCAUGGUCAUGUAUUUCUACGCCCACGGCAGGUUCACGGCGUUCCUAAACCAGGAACGCGAGCGUCGUGUGAUCCUGUCUAAAGACAGCCGUGACGGCAACGGCUGGGUCUAUUUGCCACACUGCGCUGCCCUGGUCGUGUUCCUGGCGAUCGCGAUUUGCGGCGCCCCAUUACUCUACGACUACACCGUGGUGUACCGCGGUAGCCUGGACGGCGCCAUCCUCGCCUGCAUCAUCGGCACGAUAGUCCACCUCUUCCUCUGGCUGUUACUCUGGAUAUUUCUCACCGUCAAGCAGCGCUGGACGUUCAAGCUGCGCGUGACCAUCGGACGCGCCACCGUGAGAUCCGCGAGGUCGGUCAAACUCGUGACCGACGUCGACCUGCUGUCGACCAGGGACGAUGAGGACGGCACCAGCGCGCCUUUGCUCGUUGUCGGUAACGGCAGAACUUACACUAUCGCUGACACUUCGCCGAAAAGGGCUAUCAUGAGCGUCAUACAGAAAGCCGCUAUGGAAAGGAAAGCUCGAUCGCAAGGCGGAAACGUCGAUGGAGUCGACGGCGAAUCGACGGCUGACGGUGACGAGCAGAUCUACUGGCUUAGGCCGAAAUUACGCCCCUCGCCCGCGCAAUCCCCGAGCGACACCGGCGGUGCACCGACGUCCGACAAGGGUUGGCUGAACAAGAAGCUCAAGCAUAAGGUCACCUUUAACGACCUGCCUAGUACGUCAGGCUCGCGUAAUAAGGGAAAAGCCAGACGAGGUGUCGCCGACGGCGGGCCUGACGAUGACGGAGAUUACGCCACGUUACGCGAAUUACCGUUAAUCAACUCAAUGGACCCAGCCGAGGAUACCACCUCUGAAGAGAAUAAGUGGCAAAGAUGGCCGAUAAGUCGUAGGGAUGGUAUACCUAAAUUCAGGAAUUUGCUCGAGUGCGUGAACGACGAUCAAGUGACUUACUACGCGAAUGCGAAUCGCGAUCUACAACCAUCGGAAGGUGAUCCCUCGCCUCUUUUGACUCCUGAUCCUUUACCCGAUCCCCCGGAAGAACCGCUUCCGCUACCACCUCCAACUCCAACAUCUGCACCAACCACUGAUAUUAUCACGGCGCCACUAACUACGAACGCCCAGAUGAACGGUGGACAGACGCCGCGAUGUCUGCGCCGCGCGGAUUCAGGGAUGCCGCACGAGGAGUUGACACCACGCUCGGACUCGUCGAACUCGCCGCCCUUGGAUGCGGUGGGUGGCGGUAGCGGCGGUGGAGCCGGUUCAGUGACCGGACACAGCAACACCAGCAGUAACAGCGAGACGUCGAGCGGCGUGCACAGUAACGCGAGUAACGCGAGCAACGCCAGCCACAGCAGCUCUCAACGUCGGGCGACCAGCGUGGACGACCUGACCGGGGAGCCGCGCGAGGAACCGCGCGAGCAGUGGCGCAGCUGUUCUCUUCAGCGUGGCACUCAGCCACCCACGGCGAACACGACUUUCUCGCCGCCCAGUAGCCGCCCCGGCACUAGCCAGUCUUUCUCCUCGCCGCAGUAUGUGAACCACGUGCCGCCGUUCAGCAACGCCGUCGGCAACGAGAUCGGCGUCGGCUGCCCGGCGGUUAUCCUCGAGAAUCCGAACGAGGCAACGGUCGUGAUCCGUCGCAAGCUCUCGAGAACGAAGCUCACGGAUCCGCUGAACGCGAAGGAGGAACCGUUCGGCCGGUCCACCAACAUGCGGAUGACCUCGUUCACCGAAAGCAACGACAUCCGCAUACAGGCCUCGUCCGCGACCCUGCCGCACUAUCCCACACAACCUAUCGUCACUUAUCCGCAUUGCUCGACGAUGCCGUUGCCGCAUGCGUCUCAUAGUGUGGCCGCGGCAAACAUGAGCGGCGGGUCCACCGGCAGCUGCGGUUCUGUGCCGAGGCACACCUUCGUGCCGCCGCAAGUUCACACCACCAUGCCGGCGCAUACGACGCUGCCAUCACAUCAUAACGGCGUCAGGCUACUUCACAACGCGGCCGGCAAUCCGUUCGUUAAGAGAUUCCCGCCGGUGCAAUUGCACACCCAGCCCUGGGCCUUGCCGGGUCAUCAUACCUUCCCGCAAAUGCCGCAGAGCAACAACAAGCUCACGGUCACCGCGCAGAUCCGACAGAGCGACCGGGACUCGGCCAACUUCUCCAUGGCCAGCAGCGGGGACUCCGACACGUGUUUGCCGCAUUAAAAUACGCGAUGACUCCCUGUAGGUGUUAGAGAUCACGCCGCUGAGAACUCGAAUCGCUGAGUGUGUCAGGGUGAUACUUGGUAUUUUCGUAAUGACAUUUUGCCCCGCUGAUCGAUAUCGGAGGGGAUUGUAGUUUCCAGACAUGACGUAUCAAUGUCACGACGUCCUCCAAGGGCUUAUUUCGGAAAUAAAGGAGAAGUGAUAGAAACAUAAUAGGCAGGCAGAAAGAAGGUUUUUGCGCGAACUCGAGACGAGCUGUUGUGAAUAUUUCGCUUCAAAAUCUUUACGACUCACGCAGAAUUGUACGUAUUUAAUGUGUCGCAUUACCAGGUAUGUAUCUCAUUAGAAGAAGCUUUCAUGUAUUUUAUAUCUCUUGCUCAUAUACAUAUGCCAAAAUUUAAAGGAAAGGAAAUCAGAUUAAGAUUGAAACGACAUAUCACGACAUUUCUGCCGUUUGCUAGCGUAUAAAUAUGGCAUUCCUCGAUACGUAUUACCUCUAUUUUUUAUAAUCUGAUCUAACACGAUAAGAUCUCACCUAAUUAUUUAUAUAUAAGUAUGUCUAUGAUAUAUUAACAUAGAAUUUAUCGUGCAUAAAUCAUGUGCGUAAAACGUAAAAAUUAUAUUUAUUUGAAUAAGCAAUGUGCGUGAAAAGACAAGAUAUAAGUAUAUAAAUAUCGCACAGGGGUAGUUUAUAUGAAGGUAAUAACUGUAAUUUGAAGGCACCAAUUUCGUUACACACACACAUACAUAUCCUAUACGUUGUGAUUCCUCUAUUUUAUCUAAUCUUUAAUCACGCAGCAAUAAAAGGAAAUAUCUUAAGAAAGCGGAGAUAGUAAUCGAAAUAAUAAAAGAAUAGAUACUGGUUCAAAAAAUUCAUCCUGGUUAAUGCGAAAUACUCAAAUCGUGCAACAAUAAAUAAUUAUGCAAAUUAUUACGUAAUACAUUUAUACAUACGCAGUGCGUGCGCAAUUUAAAAGAAAGAUUACUCUUAACGGUAAGUAUAUCAGUAAUAAUAAAUCUCUACUCGAGUUUGCGCAAAUGUCUUUCGAUAAGUGUCGAACGCUUAUAUUAUAGUGCUUAUAUAGUUAAAAUCAAUCUUUUCCAUUAUAUUAUCUCUCACGGGGCAGAGGUGUGUUCGACGUACUAAGAAAAUCAGCGCUUUAACGCCAUUUAAUGCCGAAAAUGAAACGGUGGCCGAGAGUGAGAAUAAUAAUAGUUAUCCCAUUUUAGAUAUGGAAAAAGUUAUUGUGUUGUCCUAAAUAAAAUUCGUGUAUAGAGUGAAUUAAGGAUUAGUCGAUUAAGAAAAAAUGUGAAAACAAGUCGGGUUGCUCCUUUGUAAGCAUACGCUUUUAUAAUAUAUUAAUAAUUAAGAUCUUUUUUCUACCGAGAUAUAAUUGUAAAUUUUGUUAAAUCGUAAUUUGUACACACAUUGCUAAUUGUUUGUUUAUACUGCGACUCUAAUAAGAGUCAGCUAUAUGCGAUAAGAUUAGAAGAAGAAAAGCAUUCUCACGUUGAAUGCACGUUCAAACUAUGCGCAAUAUUUAUCUUCUUUCUUUAAUUCGUUUUUGUGGUCAUUUUUGUUUCUUUUUUUUUUCAUAGAUUUAUAUCAUAUCAAGUUCGUCAGCGAGAUAAAUGUUUAUUUGUCGAAUUUUCUACGAAUUGUACAUUUAGGAAUUAUGCACGAGAUAAUACGCGUUAAGCGGUUUUAUAUGAGUUACUCUAAAAUGCAGUGCAGAUUGUGCAAUCGUACGAUCCUCGGCCUUGAUAAUAUUUGCAGCAAAUUACGCAAAUAUACCGUUAUGUUAAAUAUUUUUAUGGCUUGAUAACGAUAUAAUUUUCUGUCUUCUACAAUAAUCGUAUCGUACGAUUUGCGAUAUCAACAGUGCCAUCGAAAUUGAUAAGCACACAAUUAGCAUAAAUCAGAGAAAGGCAACUAUAUAUGUAAUAUAUGAGUAAAAACUGAAGAUGAUUUAUCGCGAAAAUAGUGUGCGCUAUUUAUUUAUUUGCACAAAAUGCACGCGCACUUGCGAGAGAAUUUCGUAUAUCUUAUUUUAUCUUUUUCUUUUCUAACGUUUUUCAUCUGAGAUUUCUCUCUGUCUGUUGAUAUUAUUUAAGUCAAUACAACGAGUAUUUAUUUAAUGCCUGCGAAUAUGUACGAACGAAUCGUUAACACACUAUAAGAAGAGAAAGACAGGCGCAAUCUAUGGCAAGUGAAACGAUUACUGCCACUUAAUCGUGAAGAUCUAUAGAUCUCUAUUAUGUGUAUAUUUACUUAUUUCAUCAACUGCCAUGUUAUUUCGUCCUUUCGUGAAUGUAAGUAAUCAAUCGUACUCGUUUACUUGUACCUAGCAUUUACUUGUGCGUAUGCUAUGGGUACAUGCGUAAAAAAAUAAAUAAAUAAAAUAAAGCAUAGGUUCGCCAAGUUGCGUUCUUUCGCGACUAUAUAUCACUUUAUGAGACGCGUGAUGGCAGAGACUGGUCUCGCGAAGCAUUAUAUUCUCGAGUCUUUCCUCGCAAUCUAAUGUAAUAAAUAUCGCCGCAUAUAUUAUGACGCAACGUUCGUUUCAUAUCCUCCGCUUUUCGACAAUUCUUCCGAAAAGAUCGUAUUCGAAGUCAAUAAUACAAAUCAAUUUCGUAAUCCGCCCAAUAUAUAUUAGUAUUAAAGAAAUGUUGCAUCUCAUGAUAAUGCAUCUUUGAUUUGUGAUUAUUUGUAACAAUAUUAUCAAAUUUGAUUUUUCCAGAACAGAAACGAAUUCGAUUAUAUGUAAACCAGCGAAUUUUGACUUUCCGUUAGAUUGCGAUGAGCUAAAAAAGGAUGGAACUUUGACGUAAGUUGAAUUCAGACAAAUGGAAUUACAUUGCUUCAAUUAAAAUCGAAAUAAACAAUCCAUACGAUAUAUAAUUUAUAACAAUAAGAAAUAUUAUUAAACGAGUCCACUGAUUUAAAAGUUUAUUCGAAUAAUACCUAAAAUUUAUGUCAAUUUAUAAAAUCGACAUUAUUAUUACUGCACAUCAGAUAUGUUAUCAUACAUUAUCAACUUUGUACAAAUAUGUACGUACCGUUUUUUGAAACAGAUGAAACAGUACACUUAUUUGAUAAAUGCAAAAACACUUUUUAUAAUCAUUGAUAUAAUGAAAACACGAAUACAAUUGAUAAACAAAUGUUAUGCGAUUGUAUGCCAGUGUAACAUGUGACUGUUAGCAAAAAAAGUUUACGCAUUCCGUAAAGAUGACUGCAACAAUAAAAAGAAAAUAUGAGCGUUCUUAAGACAUUAUUCAGAACUCAUACUUCGCGCGAGAUGAGACAAUGCAAUAUGAAACCAAAUGUCUGUAUUUUUCAAUAUCUUCCAGUUGUACUAGAAAUAGCAGCGUUCCCCCCAGCCUUGUUCAUAGAAUAUUUCUGUUACAAGUUGUUAUGCGAAUAGAUAUAUUAAUAUCUUACAAGAUCAUAGACCUAUUCUGGAAAAUUUUGCGCUUUCCAUUUACUUAAGAUAUUAUGCGAGAGAAAAUGUGAUGAGUAAUCCGAGUGCAAAUCUAGCGGGUUGUAAUGAUUGAUCUUAAUCACUGUAUCAAGGAGAAACUUCAUUCUAUUACAGUAUAUUAACAUCUAGAUAUUCACGUGAAUUCAUGAGAUAUCGAAUUGUAGUGCAGUUAAAUUUUGAGUCUCAAUCUUUUCUGAAGCAGGAAUAUAUGUAUUGUCUUGUAAGAUGUGUGGAAAGUACCUAUAGAAGCACAAAAGAUCGACCAAUUGAUCACGAACGGCAAAUCAGACAUUUUUAUAAACGAUUUAAAAACGAGCGCUUUGUCAUUUGCCGAUCGUACAUAUCAUCUCGCAAGGACCAUGCAUUUCGCGAAGACAUUUACGAGGAUACUCAAGCAAUAGCACACGAAGCAUCAAUCAAGGGCUGGACCAGACUUCUUAAUGAUCAAUGAGCUCUAAUAAUAUCCAACGCAGUACGCGAACAUAUUUUUUAAUGGCUAUUUUCAAUACGCUAAUAAACGAGAAAAAGAAUGGGAGAAUUUUCGUAGGAAGACUUUUGAAUAGAAAUUUGAAAGAAUCUUUAUUCUAUCUUUCUCGGUCAUAGUCCUGACGUAGUGUGUAAUAAUGCUCUCUACCCUUGAUUCUGUUUCAGAGUAGGUACUUAACGCUAGAAUCACAUAUUUUUCUCAAUGCAAGUAUAUGACACUUUCUUCCAAAUCCGUUUCAAGAAAUCUUCGUUGCAACACAUACUGUUUGUAAUCAGCGUGUUAUAAAUUUUUGAUUUAAAAAUAUACAUUAUUAACAUCAACAAUACAAUUUAGUCGUAUCUUGCAUUUUUGAUUGAUUUAAACAAAUUGAUUUUCGAUGUAUAUUUUUUUUAUCGUAGCUUUCUAUAUUUAUUUUCUAUUUUUUAUAUAAUAAAAGAGAAAUUUAAACAAAGAUUUCAUUAUACAUGUAGAUCAAAUUUUUUCAUUAAUCUCUAAUUUUUAAUUAUUUUUGAAUUAAUUCUUUUAUUUAUUUUAUCAGGCUCUUUUCAAUUUAUUUUCAAGAUUAUUAUUUUUUUUAAUUGUUUGUUGCGUUUGUAUAUAAAAUUAAACAUUUACUCGAAUCCAUUGAUUAUUACAUUCUCAACACUCUUUAGAGAAUCGUAAGAACACAAGAAGAAUAAUAAACUUAGACCUUUCGAUUAAUAUUCAUAAUUUAUCAUCAAAUGUUCAACGAAGAUUUCUGAUAGCGCAAGCACAUGUAUACACAAUUGAUAUAUCCUUGAUCGCGCCGUUGCAAUCGCCAUUGAUACAAUUUUUGAAGAAUGCACAAGGCAGUAGUAGCACAAAGAAAGAAACCUAUCUUUUGAUAACUGCACUUUAAAUGCGACGGAUAUUGCUACGGCGUAAUCGUGACGACUAUCAUAGAAAAUAGUUAUCGUCGACAAUAGGGCACGCAUCUCUCGAUAUACAUAUAUUAAGACACAUAUAUUUAACUUUACUUUCGCAAAAUUUAAAAUAUAUAAAUUAAUCUAUUUUUCGUUAUUUAUUUGAUAUUAAAUAGAAAAAUUGUUUUUUCAUUUCAGAUUCGAUAAAAAAUAUUAAGUUAUUAUUUCUGUAUUUCUUUCCAUCUCUUCUAAAGAAACAGAAAUACAUAUUUCAUUGUUUUAUAUUCGCAUACAUACAAAAUUCUUUCUCAUAAAAUUUACAUAUUUGUAUCAAUAUAUAUAUCGCAUAUCUGUGUCCAAAUGAUUUGCAGGGAUGCUCGCUCCGCUCUCGACGAUAUUGCUUCGUUAUACUUGCAUUAAAAUCACGUAGUCGAUGUCGACGUACGCGAGAAAUCGAGCGCGGCAAUGAGAUACAAAAGCUGCCUCUCGCAGAAAUAUUUUUUUACCGUCUAGUGUCAGCGACCGUACUCUAAUUCGUUUUAGAUCCGGCUAGAACCUAGACGUAGAUAUGUGACCGUUGGCAGUCGAGGAAGGCUCCGCACCGGGGGCGUUUCGGAAGCAAGGAAUAUUGCUAUUGUCAUGACAGACAGCCUUGAAUCGCUCGUAUCUUAACCCGUUGACGAGAGUAUGUAAUCUUAACUAGCAUAUAUAUUUAUCAGCGAAGUUUUUUGUAUCGUCGUAUUUUACUUUAUGCAUAUCAUUACAACACCGUAAUAGAAGAAAUAACACGACAGCUUAUCUAAAAAUUCUCUUUCAAACAAAAGAUAAUUACUUUAAUAGAUAUAUUUUAAUCCUUAUUUAUAGAUAGACUUUUAUUUAUUUAAAAUAAAUAUUUAACAAUAUCAAACCGGAAUAAAAAUUUCAAUGAAAAAUACAUAAGAUCCAUUUGAUUUUAACAUUUUUAUAUAAGAUUUAUAAGCUCGUCUAUACAAGGUUAAGGAUACGAAGUUAGUGAUACUAAAAGAGAAAAAAAUUGGCUGAUCAAAAUAUUUUUUUUUUUCUUAUUAUUUAAUCAUUGAUCAUGCGAAAUUCUUGGUUCCACCACACCAAGAGCGUUGAAGAAAGAGCCGGUCAGAGCCCUCCAAAAAGAGUCGCGUCCCAGGAACGUGUGUAUAAUCGCGAGAGAGAGAGAGAGAGAGAAAGAAAAAAAAAGAAA